AUGGAGGCUCGCUCAAAUACGCACUGUAGGACAGUAGCCGAGAGACGAGCCCUACUUCGUCUACAGCUCCUCGGAAACGCGCCGCUCAAAGACACUGAGGAACAAUACGGAAAUGGCCCUGGAGUAUGGGAGGGAGAGUCUCCAGGAGAUUAUGUGGCGCCCAUAGGCAACGGAACCGGAUCAGCGCUUGGACACGCGGGGCACCUGGACGCAGAAACGGAGAGAGGGGAUUGGGGGUUUUUGGACGAUGGGCGUGAUGCUGAACAGGGUGACGCGUCGACUGAUGCGGAUGAGACACAAGAUGGCGCAGCGAAUGGUGUGACUGAGGACGCCGAUGUGGAAGAUGGCGGGACGUUGGACACGUCGGAGGAGGAGGAGACCGAGGACGGGAACUUGGUGGCCCCGCCAGUGGUAGCAGAGACAGAUCAUGGGAAACACACGGUGGCGUCCAACAUGGCUGAACGUGGACAGAAAGUUCAUGGCGCGGACGCGGCAGAGGAUGCGAAGACCGAGGCACCACAGCAUGUGGUGUCGUUAACCCGCGCCAGGAGUGCGGCCGGGAAAAAGGCGGAACCCACCCAUGACGAUGUCGCCGCGGGAGUAAAGGCCUCAGUCGCAGGCAUGGUGGAAGAGACUCGAGACGGCACAGCGGAGGAGAGGCGGGGAAUGGCGCCCAUAAACGCGGAAGUUGUUGGAGAGGUCGCGGGAGCCGAGGGUGACUCGAAGACAGGGAGCGCACCAGCGGCCGCAGGGCACGCGGAACGUGUGGCGGCGGCGCCGUUUGCGGCGAAUGCGAAACCUUCGUGCAUUGUUAAAGCUGAAGAACUUGCGUCGCCUUCAACUACCGUGAAGCUGGAGGGGGGUCUUGCAGCAGUCGAUGAUGCCGUGAAACGUACAAGCGAGACCCAUGCAAGCCCGUCUGGGGCAGCAAGCAACUCCAGGCAUGUGUCAUCUGGGCCCGCUCCAUCUAUCAGUGGCUCACCAGCUAAUGCUAGAGGGGACGCCUAUAGUGAGUGUAGCGAGGAAAGGGCGGAUGUGGAGGAGGCACAAGAGACAGACAGCGCGUCGAAUGCGGCUGGAUCGGACCAGUCAGGAGAGUCCGACCUGGAGGUAGACAUUUGUGCGCAGCUUGCGUACAUCGCCCGCAAGUAUAACCUUCCUAACAAGGCCAUAACCGACAUCAUACAGUUGUUUAAGGCUCGGAACUGGUCACCGAACGACUUGGAUACGUGGGAGACCCAUCGAGACCUAGAACAGUGGGAGGAUGAGGUGCUGGAAGCACACGAGCAUUGGGAGGAGACAGAGAUUGUACUUGAUGGUGAUCUCGGCGUCUUGACGUUACGACACCGUCCGAUCGUGGAUGUAUUUCUGUCAUUGUGGGAGAGGAUGUCAGGGGUGGAAGGUUUCGCAACGGAAUGGAAGGAGGAGAAGGUGGACGGAGUGACGGUGUACCGCAAUGCGUCUGGAUGCAAAUGGUUUAAGGAAGCAACGGGAGCUAUGGAUGGACAGGGGAUCGUGGCCUGCGUGAUACUGUUCAGUGAUGUGACUCAUCUGAGCUUCAAUGGGCGUCGUACGGCGCAUCCCCUCCAGUUCACAUUGUUGAACAUCCCCGAGGCGUUGCGUUGGACCCUUGGAGCUACCGAGCUUAUUGCCAUCUUUCCACCCAUGCCAGCGGAAUUGUCGGCCGAGCAGAAAGCGGAGGUGAUGCAAGCGAUGCUGCGGCAAUGUCUCCUUCGCAGUGGCGGCCUCACUGUGAGAAACGCUGAGGGCGUGGAGAUGACGGUGCACCCGUUGCUAGCAGACUACGUCUGUGAUCACCCGGAGUCAUCAACUGUCACAUGCACGAUGGCUGCGACGGCUUUGCAGCCCUGCUCAUUGUGCAAUGUGGGCUGGUGGGAUUUGAGGAAUGUAACAGAAACCUUCCCACCACGGACAGUAGAAGGGCAGCGACAGGUGUUUGAGCUGAUGCAGCAGAGCACUCCCGAGGAGCGUGAAAUCGCAAAGACGGCAUUCUCCACACACUACGUCGCGUGUGCACUUUGGGACUGGGCGUUCCUCGAUACGCCAUGGGGUAAUAUGUACGAGGCUAUCGGCAUCUGCAUUUUACACGUGGUGGACGAGGGUCUAUGGGUGCACACAAUGAAGUGCAUACUUGGCAGACUUACACCCACGUUACGCGCCGAGCUGUUGAGGUGUGAGGGGCUGGUGUGGCCACACGCUGACUCCCCCAUUUUCUUGAGCAGGCGUUGCCGGGCUGUGCUUGUGGACACACCGGCGUCGGUGCUGAGAGCUCCAGACCCCUCAUACUACUUCCGCACUGUGGCACAGUAUGCGGCAUGGGAACACCGUGCGAUGAUGCAGAUCGUUCCCCUAAUCGCCCACCUCCCCGGGUAUGAGGACAUCGGUGAGGCUACCGUUAUGUUCAAUGAAUGGUACAAAGCCUACUUCUGCGUGGAGUAUCACACGGAGCAGUCCCUUGCGGACAUGGUCACCAUGACAGCAAGGCUCAUUGAUAAGCUGGUGGUCGUGUUUCCGAACCAGAAGUCGGGCUUUCUCAUCGUGAAGGUACACGAGCUGUCCCACCUCCCGGCCGCUAUCCUGACGCGAGGCAUGCCGAUUGAGUACUCUACCAACAUGUACGAGGCAAAGCAUAAGUCGUCUGUGAAGCGUCACGCGAAGAACACUAACUGGAAGGAUGUCAGCCGCGACAUAACAGUGAGGCAUUCGCGGGAGGCCGCCAUCCGCGGGCUGGUGCGAGCCGAGGGUGGCACCAGAGUCUACGAGACCGCCAUGCGCUUGGCGGUCGAGCACAACAUCCGGGUCCUCACCAAACGAAGCCGUCGCAUGGAAGUGAAUGUCGAGAUGGAUCCGGUGUGGUCGGAGUACAGCGAGGCUCUUGGUCCUGAAGUCAUGGCUAGAGCGGUGGCGGUGAUGAGAGCAGUCGGCGUCGUGGCAGAUACGGUGCAGGUGCACACGGCGCUGGCCAUCCCACCGCACGACCGCAUGGAUCGAGGCGACAAGGGCCAGAUAAUCAAGGCGUCGCCGUCGGAGCAGAAGUUCAGCCAUGUGCAGAUAGAAGGGGAGGGUGAUCAGGUUUGGUACGGACGAUGCCUCAUGCUCUUUCACUUCACCGAUGCUACACAGCAGGUAGUGCGGCGCGCACUCGUCAAGUACUACACCGAGCUGGAGAGUGUGUGUCCUGUCACAGGGUGCCGACGUCUGCAGCUCACCACCGGGAGAGAUGAUUACGCGGUGUUAGAGGUGGACAGCAUUCUGGGUCUGGCACACAUCGUUCCCAGUUUCACACAGCCAGAAAUAUACCUUGUGAACAGGUUUCUGUUCUAG